UUAUGAAUUUAUGCGGUCCUUAUCUAUUUACUCAACUUAAAACGAUCUAUAAUGAGAAGGAUUUGGCCAAUGCUACCUUCAACGAUAUUGAAGCCAAACUUAAAUUGAAGCUAGAUAGGGUAGAACCUGACCUUGUUCAAAGAUUCCGGUUGAGUCUGCGUAAUCAGCAGCCUGACGAAACGGCAGAAGAAUUUGUACAGGCCGUCAAGCUGCAGGCCGAUUUCUGUGGUUUCGGUGCCUUUCGUGAUGUGGCCAUCCAAGACCGCAUUUUGGCGGGCUUAAGGGAUGAUCGGUUGAAGGAAAUGUUGUUAAAGGAGGAAGGUUUAACGUUAGAUAAAAUGGAUAAACUAAUUACGACGUGGAAUAUAGCCAGGGAUAACGCGCAUGCAUUGAACAAUAACAACAACAACUUCAAUUAUUAUAAUCUUCCUGUCGGGUUUAUCGAUCAAUAUUCUCCACAACAACGUAAUUUUCGUUCUUCUGGGCAAGUGAACAACUUUCGUAGACCGGUGCAUGAGAGAUUAGGUUUUCGUCCGUACAUUAGGCAAAACUCACAAUCACAAAAUAACAACAAUAAUAAUAACUACAGACGUGAUGCGAACAAUUUUUAUCAUCGUAAUCAAAAUCAUCGUUAUUCUGGCAGAUACAACACACAAUACAAUAAUCGCAAUGACAAUCACACAAACAACAACAACAGAAACAAUCAACAACCGAACCGUUACAAUAACAAAAAUUUUAGAAAUAAUGAAUCAAACAAUAGAUAUGGGCAAGGUUCUCAGCCAGAGUUAGAAGAGGAAUCUGGGGUAGUCUGUGAAUAUUGCGGGGUUCCUGGCCAUGUGAAACGCAAGUGUUUUACUCUCAAGAAUUUGAAGCGUGAUGUGGUCAAAUUUGUAGAUCUAGCGAAACCUGGAACCAGUUCAGAGAAGCAGCUCACGGACAUGAUGGGUCGAUUGACAACAGCUGGCGACAUGGCUGGAAGUGACAGCGAUGAUAGUUACUCCGAAUGGAACUCAGGUGAAUUGCAGUGUAUGUGUGUGGAGUCCAUUAAUAAGAUUAGUGAGCCAUGUUUGAUGAAUGUCAAACUUGAUGAUAUUUUGGUGUCGAUGGAAGUAGAUUGUGGUUCUACGGUUACUGUGAUGGGCAAGAGCCAAUAUUUUACUCUUUUUGACAAACCUUUGAAACAAUGUGAUAAGCAACUUUUGGUGGUGAACGGAAACAAGCUGGAAAUUGAGGGAGAAACAGAUGUGUGUCGGUUGGAAGCGCUCGGGUGAUGGCCCACAAGAUGCAGCUUAAACCCCAUCACGAGCGUCAGGAGCGCCCGAAUGUGCACCUGUUUCCGGUGGUGCACGGCGAAUACGAGGGCGAGGAGGAAGCAGUUUGUACGACUGCAGCAGAUAUUAGUUCAGAAGAAGAAUUUCGAGGAUUUCCGGUGAUGGCUGGAGGAAAAAGAAGAAAAAGAAGUGCGCUUACGGCAGAAUUGCCUGAAGGGUAUCCACGAAGAUCAAAAAGGCUCAGAAAGCCGAUUCAUGAUUUGAAUUAUCAAUAUAAUUAGUGAAUUCAGAAGACUAGGAUUUUUUUUAAAAUUAAAUAAUCAUUAAAAGUGAUAUCAGAGAAUUAGAAAAAAAAACAAAUUCGUUCAGAUAAAUUAACUAAAUUGAAUUGUAUUCAUUAGAAAUCUUUCUUGCUAAAAGAGGGAGGAGUUGUUAUGUACACCCUCGUUCGUUGUACUAAAUUAGAACGCAAAUGUCAAACGUAGAGUGUAACGUUCUGAAAUGACUUCGCUGUGAGGUUGAAUAAAUCUUUCCCUUUUAUCAUCUAGAA